UCAUGUCAGAAUUCUUGGUGAGCUCUCAAAUUGGUUUUUGGCACAAUUUUCUGGGCUUGCACUUGCUUCUUGAUAAUAAGAUGCUUUUGAUUUCUUACAUUUGUAGGUAUGUUGAACCACUUCCACCUGGGUCCCCAACUAAGUUUGAAUUUGAAAACAUGUUAGUGGGACAAGCUAUUCCAUCGAGUUUUAUUCCUGCAAUUGAGAAGGGUUUCAAAGAAGCUGCAAACUCAUGGUGCAUCUCAUGCUGUGGAUUGCAGUGAACUUGCAUUUAAGUUGGCUGCAAUAUAUGGCCUUCUGACAGUGCUACACGGCCGCAAAGCCUGUGAUAUUAGAACCUAUUAUGUUGGUUGAGUUGAAAAUCCCAACAGAAUUUCAGGGCACUGUGGCUGGUGACAUUAACAAGAGGAAAGGUGUUACUGUUGGAAAUGACCAAGAUGGAGAUGACUCCAUAAUUACUGCCCAUGUCCCUUUGAUCAAUAUGUUUGGAUAUUCAACAGCACUUCGUUCAAUGACACAGGUGAAGCCUAAAAUCAUGAGUAAAAUACGGAUGUGAUUACCCAGCCUCUUUUAGUUUCUCUUAAUGCAUUCUGUUGAUGCUUAUUCUGAGCAAGGCAAAGGUGAAUUUACUAUGGAAUACCAGGAACACUCGCCUGUAUCUCAGAAUGUGCAGAUGCAAUUAGUUAACACUUACAAGGCCGAAAAGGCAUCAGAAUAAUUGGGUGCCAUCGAAGGCCGAAGAGCAAACAAAUCCUCCAAUUCUUUUCUAAGUUAUGUAGCUUAUUGGCAUAUUCAAUACCUCCAAGUUCCAUAACUACAUUUAAUUGGGG